AUUGGUUCUGCACCACUAUCAAAGAACUCAUCGCAGCCUCACAGUUGAGCUGAAGAAGUUUUGUCUCCUGGAUUCCUGGAUUUGCGGAUUCCCCCAUUUCUGAGUUAGUCUUCAGGCUGGAAUUGAAUGCCCCUGUACCUAGCGGUACCUCAAGAGCAGUGGCAGGAGUGGCUUGCUGGGAUCUGGAGGUACCUGUUGCUUGUGUUAUAAGUGGGGGAGCUGGGCAGUUGGAUGGCAGUAUCAGGAGACUGGUGAGAGCUGUGCUGUUCUGUGCGCCUCCAGCCGCAGGUGAGUGAGAACGUUCUCCUCCCGUCUGUAAACCCUGUUCCUUCCGUACCCCUUUUCUCUUGGCUCAAUUUGUUUUUUUUGCUGUAUUGAAUUGUGUGAGGCACAUUCUUCAUUUGCAUACUCCACUUCACCGAGCACCUGCGCCCAGGUGUGUUAAACACCUGCAAUUAAAUUUCACAGGGUUUUUCCCUUCCGGAGUUUCAGAAUGUCACACAGAGAGGUUGAACUUGACUCUCUAGAAAAAAAGGAAGAAAGAUCCCUAACUAAUACUUAAAAUUAAUUAAUUCUAGGGAUUUAUAGUUUAAAUCUGACAUGUUUUUGGCAUGUCUUCUUUUUUUUAAAUCAGUUAUGAAGUCAUGCAAAAAGAGAUGCCAGAAGAUGCUUUCUCCUGUGCCAGUCUGUGGCCACAGCUUCUGCAAUGAUAGUGCAAUGAUAGUGCUAGUCCACAAUAGGACAUCCUGGAUAUAUAGUACAGGAAAAGAGGAACAUUAAAAUUGUUCUGUUUGAUGCUGUCCUCUCCUGAGGACACUGUGUACCUUGUGUAGAGUUCGCUGAGUGUGGUGUGGAGCUGGGGCACAGUUAAGCAACAGUGGGGUGAACAGCUCCACUCAGAAGAACUCUGAGAGAUGAACACUCUGUCUUGGAUCUAGUAGUUGCCGAGAUUCUGCAUUGCAUCCCUGAUAGUUUAUGAUACUCAGUAUACAGUUUUCUGAAGCUGGCCUUAGUCCACACUGGGAGUUUAAUUUGUAUAAAUAUUGUAUAGAUUUUAAAAUAUGAUUACAUUGAAUACCCUAAUGUUUUUCCGCCACCUGUUUGAUUUCACACCUGAAAACAUUUUCUUUUCCCAUUUGUAUUUCUGUGCCUGCUCAUAUAAUCUUUGUCUUGGAUAAACCUCUGCCCCAGGAGUCACUGGUGCUGCCUGAGGUGUGCUGCGAACCACUGAUUUGGAGCCUUGGGAGAAAGUAAUGUGAGCUUAUUGUACUUCAGGCAUAAUGGAAGCUUUUUAGAAGUCAGUAACCAGUCGCUACAUCAGGAAAACUGGCCUGGAGAGAAAUCAGGGUAUUUAGAAGACUGCUCUGUACUACCUUCCUUCCCUCCCUCUCUCUCAUUAUUCAUCUGUUUUUGAGUCUCACUCCUAUUUUUCUUCUUUUCUUUUUUUAAAUGCCUCCCAAGUUUACAAACAGCAUGGAAUUCUGAAAAAGUUUGGAACAAACAGGUUUGCAAUAGUGUUUCAACAUAGUUUAUUGUUUCAGGCUGCAUUUGUUAUUCCAGAUAUACUGUAUAGGAGCCAACAGUAACAGGAACACUGGUGGGGCCAAUGUUGGCAGUUAGUUUGAUGGCUGGUUGUUUGGCAGUGUCUCUCUUUCUCUCUCCCACUAGGAUGGUGAAGCAAGGAACUCCAGUCAUUCUCAUCCAUCUUAUCGUUAUCCUGGCUCCAAGAGCAGUCUUCUCUCAGGGCAUCCUGUACCCUUUUGGCCAGGCCCACCGUGACUCUGAGACCCCUAAGAUGGACGAUGGCAGCUCCCCUGAGGUUCCUCUCCUCAUCCAGUUCAUCUUCUUCAACAUGCCCUACCGCUCCAUAUUUGUCAACAACAAUGGGGUGAUCUCCUUCAACGUGCAGGUCAGCCAGUUCACGCCCGAGGCCUUCCCCUUGACUGACAGCCGUUCCUUCAUCGCCCCCUUCUGGGCUGAUGUGCACAACGGCAUCAGGGGAGACGUGUACUACCGCGAGACCACUGAGCCGGACAUCCUGCACAGAGCGACGCAGGACAUCCGCAAGUACUUCAAGAACAUGGCAUCCUUCACGGCCACCUGGGUCUUCAUCGCCACCUGGCACCAGGUCACCUUCUAUGGUGGCAGCCAGACCACGCCGGUGAACACUUUCCAAGCUGUGCUCAUUUCGGAUGGUGUCUUCUUUUUCGCCAUGUUCAACUAUGGGGAUAUCUCCUGGACCACUGGCACUGCCAGCGGUGGUGACCCACUCACUGGGCUGGGGGGCACAGCAGCUCAGUCAGGCUUCAAUGGCGGAGACGUCAACCACUUCUUCAACCUGCCAGGCUCCCGCUCCAACGAUGUGGUCAACAUUGAACAGACCACCAACGUCAACCGGCCCGGCCGCUGGCUCUUUCGCAUCGACGGCGAGCAGAUCGACCCGGCCAAUGGUUGCAGCCUCAAUGGGCGGUUCUAUCGGCGUGGGGAGGUUUUCUGGCUGUCGGAGCAGUGCUCUCAGAAGUGCCGCUGCCUGGACCUCGAGAAUGAGAUUGUGUGCCAGGAGCUGCCCUGCGGGCCGCUGCAGACCUGUGAGCUCCAGGAGGGCACGUACCACUGCCAGCCCACCCGUACCAGCACCUGCGUGGUGUUCGGCGACCCCCACUACCACACCUUCGACGGCUUCCUCUACCACUUCCAGGGCACCUGCUCCUACCUGCUGGCUAGGCCCUGCUGGGACAUCCCCGGCCUGCCCUCCUUCAGUGUGGAGGCCAAGAAUGAAAACCGUGUGGGCACCGCGGUUUCCUGGCUGCGCGAUGUGUGGGUGGAGGUGUACGGGCACCGCGUCACGCUACCCAAGGGCAGCCUGGGCACUGUACAGGUGGACGGCCUAGUGAAAACUCUGCCCGUGCAGCUGCAGCUUGGCGCUCUGCGGGUGUACCAGUCUGGCGUGGCGGUUGCCCUGGAGACAGACUUCGGCCUGCUGGUGACCUACGAUGGACAGCACUACGCCUCCAUAUCCCUGCCCAGCUCCUACUUCAACAACACCUGCGGCCUCUGCGGGAACUACAACGACGACCCCGCAGAUGACCCCGUGCUGCCCAGUGGCGCGCUGGCAGAAAGUGUGGUGGAGCUGGGGGGGGGCUGGCAGGUGGAGGAUGCAGACUGGCGCUGCUCAGAUGGCUGCGCCCAGAACUGCAGCCUCUGUGAUGCUGCCACCGAGUCCUUCUACUUUCGACCGGACUACUGCGGCAUCAUCAACAAGACGGACGGGCCCUUCCGGGACUGCCGGACCGUGGUGGACCCCACUGCCUUUGUCUACAGCUGCGUCUACGACAUGUGCAGCAACCGCGACAACAUCACCACUCUCUGCCAGGCAAUCCAGGCCUAUGCUCUGGCCUGCCAGGCCCUGGGUGUCACCAUCCGCUCCUGGAGGUCCCGUACCUUCUGUGCGCUGUCCUGCCCAGAGUUCAGCCACUACCAGGUGUGCACCAGCAGCUGCCCGCCGUCCUGUUCCGACCUGACGUCCCACCUGUACUGUGCCCACCCCUGCACCGAGGGCUGCCAGUGCGGCGAGGGCUACGUGCUCAGUGGCAGCCGCUGCGUGCCGCUGCACGAGUGUGGCUGUGAGCGGGAUGGACUGUACUACCCCUUGAACGAGUCCUUCUGGGCUGGGCCGGCGGGGGACUGCUCACAGCGGUGUGUGUGCGGACCCCAGGGGGAGAUCUCCUGCUUCAACGACUCCUGUGGGGAAGGCGAGGUGUGCACAGCAGAGCUGGGCCGGCUGGGCUGCUACCCCCGCCGGGAGGGUGUCUGCUCUGUGGCACAGAGCCAGGUGAUCGCCACCUUCGACGGUGCCGCCCUCCCCUUCCCUGACGAAAAUUCCUACUUUCUGCUGAAGCCAUGUGGAGCUGGGGGGAUCAAUGUUUCCGCGCCGGAGGUAAAGAUCGGGCGCCGGUUGGGGAGCAAGGGUCCAUCCUGGGUCAGGCCGGUGGUGGCCAGGUUGGCAGAUCUGGAGGUGCAGCUGGGAGGUACCGACUUCGAUACUGUAAAGCUGAACGGAGAUGCGGUCGUCCUGCCAUAUGUCCACCCCCUGGACACGCUGCUGAUCUACCGGGCCCCAGGCAAUGCCACCGUCGUGGAGUGGAGCGGGGUGCUGGCGGUGCGCUACACCCGGCAGGGCCUGCUCAACGUCACACUCUCCACCCUCUUCUACAAUGCCACCUGCGGGCUGUGUGGGUUCUUCAACGGCAAUGCCUCCGACGAGCUGCGGCUGCCCAGCGGGAAGCUGACGGACAACGCCGAGCUCUUCGCCGAGGGCUGGCGGGCCAUCGCCGAUGACCUGACGUGCAACGGCGACUGUGAAGACCUGUACCGUAUGUGCGUGGACCUGCGGCUCUAUCAGAGCCCUUGGCUGUGCGGAACGAUCAAUGACCCCGCUAACAGCUCUUUCCUGAGCUGCCACGCCGCCGUGAACCCCUCGCCCUUCUUCCGCAACUGCCUGUACAACAUGUGCGUCCGGGAGGGCAACCGCUCGGCCCUCUGCUCCUCCUUGCAGGCGUACGCCUCUGCCUGCCACGAUGCCCAGGUCAGCCUUGGACCCUGGAGGAGUGCCACCAGCUGCCCUCUGCCCUGUCCUGAGUACAGCCACUUCGAGGAGUGCACGACCGCCUGCCCCCCCACCUGUGCCAACCUGGAGCCAGAGGGCAUCUGCCCGCUGCCCUGCUCUGAGGGGUGCCAGUGUGAUGACGGCUACGCACUGAAGGACGGCCAGUGCAUUCCUAAGGCAGACUGUGGCUGCCAGUACCGGGGCCUGCAGCUGUCCACUAACGAGACCUUCUGGGUGGACUGGGAGUGCCAGGAGCUCUGCUACUGUAACGGCACCGACAACACUGUCUACUGCCACAGCGCCCCCUGCAGGCCGGAGGAGUACUGCCUGGAGGACAGUGGACUAUACUUCUGUCAACCACGUACUGAGGCUGUCUGUAUCGCUGCUGGCUACGGCCACUUCCUCCCCUUCAGUGGUGUGGCAUUCGACCUGCAGAGCAGUUGCACACUGCGGCUGGCCAACACCUUGUGUGAGAGGGAGGAAGAGCUGGGGGGGCAGGGCGUGCCGCAGUUCAGUCUCUCAGCGCGGAGCGAAGAUCGGCACACAGGCCAGGCCAUCUGGGUGAAGGGUUUCAUCCUGGAAGUGUAUAACUAUGAGAUUGAAGUGUCCCGCAGCUACAAGCACACUAUUACGGUGAACAAUGAGCGCCUGUAUCUGCCCCUCAAGCUGGGCCCGGGAAAGGUCAACAUUUUUACCUUUGGAUUGCAGCUGGUGGUGGAGACGGACUUUGGGCUGAAGGUGGCCUACGACUGGAAGACCUCCCUGUCCUUGACCCUGCCACGUGACCUCUAUAACGCCACCUGCGGCCUGUGCCAAGGUUUACCCCCUGGGCCACCAACACUCAGUGCGAAUGACUGGGGCAUGGCGUGGGCAGAGCGGGACACAUUCUGCAGGGUGGGCUGUGGAGAUGCGUGCCCCCGGUGUGCCCACCGAGAGGGAGGGGCGGCAGGCGACAGCGGGCUGGCGGACAAUGGCGGAAACAACAAUGGCAAUAACAACAAUGGCAAUAACUACCACAACAACGGCGGCAACAACAACAACAACAACAAUGCCCUCUACCUUGGGGAGCCUGUCAAUGGCUACCUGGACCCUGAGGCCAUGAGGCUUUGCAGCCUGAUCCCUGACCGCAAUGGGGCAUUCUUCCGCUGUCACAGUAAGGUAGCGCCAGGGUACUUCUACCAAAACUGCCUGCAGGACAGCUGCAUCGACCAGGGUGCACUGGACACCGUCUGCAACUGGUUGCAGAUCUACGCCAGCAUAUGUCAGACACAGGGCAUCCCUGUGAUAGGCUGGAGGAAUAACACACCAUGUGCUCUUAGCUGCCCAGCCAACAGCCACUAUGAGAGCUGUAUGGCUGUGUGUCAGCCUCAGUGCGCCCCUGCACGAGGACCACGGGACUGCAACCAUUACUGCGUGGAGGGCUGUCAGUGUGACCAGGGCUUCGUCAUCAACGGCAAGAGCUGCAUCCUGUCCCAGAACUGUGGCUGCUACACAGAUGGCAAGUACUACGAGCCCAAGCAGCUGUUCUGGAACGGCGACUGCACCAAGCGGUGCCAGUGCAUCGGGCGCAACCUGAUUCAGUGUGACCCGCGGAGGUGCAAGUCAGAGGAGGAGUGUGCCCUGCGGCACGGGGUGAGGGGCUGCUUCCCGCGGCGCAGCCAGCACUGCAUCGCCUCGGGGGGCGGGGUCUUCCGCACCUUCGACGGCGCUUCACUGCGCCUGCCCGCCUCCUGCUCCUUUGUCUUGUCCACCAUCUGCCACAAGCUGCCCGAGCUCUCCUUCCAGCUCAUCGCCAACUUUGACAAGUGGAGCAUGCCCAACCUCACCACCAUCUCCCACGUCUACCUCUACAUCAAUGAAGAGAACAUCCUCAUCUCAGGCAACACUGUGAAGGUGAACGGGACACCGGUGUCGGUGCCCUUCGUCACGGGGCUGAUGACCAGGGUGUCCAGCUCCGAGGGCUUUCUGGUGAUUGAUACUGUACAGGACAUCCAGGUGCGUUACAACCGCUUCAAUACACUACGGAUCAGCAUGGGACCCCGGCUGCAGAACAAGGUUUGUGGUCUGUGUGGCAACUACAAUGGCGAUCCCACAGAUGACUACAUCACAUCCCGAGGCAAGCCUGCUGUCAGUGCCAUGGAGCUGGCCCAGAGCUGGAAAACCAAUGGCAUGCAGAACAGUUGUGAUGAGACCCAGUACAUGGCACUGGCCCAGUCAUGUGACAACACUGCCAUUGCGGCGCUUCAGGGGGAGGAUGGCUGCCUGAAGCUCACCCAGAUGAAGGGCUUCUUCCAGCCCUGCCACGGCCUGUUGGACCCCCAGCCCUUUUUUGAGUCGUGCUACCUGGAUGGCUGCUACAACCAGCAGAAGGCCCAGGUCUGCGGGUCACUCGCUGCCUACGCUGAGGCCUGCCGCUCCUUUGGGACGCUUAGCACCAAGUGGAUAACCCAGGAGAACUGCUCAGAAUGGAUCUAUGACCCCUGCGUGGAGGAGGUCUGCACGAACAACACCUGCGAGCAGGAGAAUGGGGGAGACCUGUGUGGGUGUCCAGAGCUUCAGGACAGUGGAAAUGGAGACGAUGACAUCAUCCAAGCAGAGGUCAUGUGCAAACACUCCCAGAUGGAGGUGUUCAUCUCCAAGUGCAAACUUUUCCAGCUGGGCUUUGAGAGGGAGGAUGUGCGUAUCAAUGACCAGCAUUGCUCUGGCAUCGAGGGCGAGGACUUCAUUUCCUUCCAGAUCAACAACACCAAAGGGCACUGUGGCUCCAUUGUGCAGUCCAAUGGCACUCACAUUAUGUACAAGAACACGGUGUGGAUUGAGAGUGUGAACAACACAGGGAACCUCAUCACCAGGGACAAGACCAUCAAUGUGGAGUUCUCCUGUGCCUACGAGCUGGACAUCAAGAUCUCGCUGGAGACAGUUGUGAAACCCAUGCUCAGUGUGAUCAACCUCACCUUGCCCACUCAGGAGGGCAGCUUCAUUACCAAGAUGGCUCUCUACAAGAAUGCUUCUUACCGGCAACCAUACCGUGAGGGGGAGGUGGUGCUUAGCACACGGGAUGUCCUGUAUGUGGGCGUGUUCGUGGAAGGGGCCGACCAGCACCAGCUCAUCCUCAUCGUCAACAUGUGCUGGGCCACGCCGUCUCGGCACAGCAGUGACCGGCUGCGCUACAUCAUCAUAGAGAGGGGGUGCCCCAACAUAAAAGACAACACCAUUGGAAUGGAGGAGAAUGGGAUGUCUCUCACCUGCCGUUUCCAUGUCACUGUGUUUAAGUUCAUUGGCGACUAUGAUGAGGUGCACCUGCACUGCGAUGUCUCGCUGUGCGACUCUGAGAGACAUGCCUGCAAAGUGAACUGUCCGCAUGGUUCCAGAAUGUACUCUGACCUUGGCAGCCAGCACAAGGAGCAGAUUCUGACUGUGGGCCCUAUUCGGAGGAGAGAGUCGGACUGGUGUGAGGAAAACAAUGGUGGCUGCGAGCAGAUUUGCACCAGUCAGUUCGCUGGGCCAGUGUGCAGCUGUGUGACGGGGACACUGCAGCAGGACGGGAAAAGUUGUCUGGCUUCAAAUUCCUGUGGUGACCUUCGACCCCUGGUAUUCAUCCUUAUCACCAGUGCUGUGAGCAGCUGGCUGCUGGUUAACACACAGACCUGCGCCUCCUAACCAGAAAAGAAUGGGGAGAGUGUGAGAGAAGGGAAAGGGGAGACCCAUAGGGUACUGCCUGCCUUAUAUAAAGACAUUGUCCUGCUGUUCUUUCACAGCUGCCUUCACAGCAAUAAACACAGCCUUAACCCGAAAUGCUCUAUUACAACACUGCCUGAAAGAGGAAGAAGCCCUGAACUUUGCUGAAUCAGUCUGCCACAAAUCAAGUACAACUACUACACCUGAGGAAUACUGUCGCUAUUACCAAAAAUGUCAAGAGGAAAGGGGCACACUACUCUUUAGUAUUUCUGCAAUAAACCAUUUAUAGUGCUA